GUAACGGGAGCCGAGCGUGUAGCUUCGCUGAGCAAACAGUCCUGUCUGUGUGACAGAGACCGAGGGUACGUGAACGCAAUACGCAGGAGGCGGAAGGAGGCUGCAGAAGCUCCAACAGCUGCUCAGCGAAACUCCGGUGACAGGACCUUCCCACACUAGCUCUGUCCAAUGGAAGCCAAGAGAAGCACCCAGAGGUGGAAGAGGCAUAUCCCCGAGUAUAAACACAGCAGGAGAGACCUGAGUCCAUCUCCCGAAGACAAUGAAAGAGACAGAGCAGGGCCACAGAAAAGCGUUACUAUGGCUCCGACCUGCAGGUAUCUGAGCGACAGACAGUACGCCGUGAGAAAGCCUCUACUCUCUGGAGAUCGACACGCAUCUAUCUUAAAGAAGCUGACGAAUCAAGAGAAACCGCUGGGUGUGAGCAGAAGAGAAGAGGAAGAUCAGCAACAUGCUGACAUGGAUGUUUUGACAAGACCAAAAGAGGAACUGACCCCAGUGAGCUUUAGACACUCUGCCAGCCCUCCUCUCAGGCCCCAGCUGAUCUCCACUGUCCUGCAUCCUACCUACACCCCUCACUCAGGCCACUCCAGACUAGGCAAGACCAAGCUCAGCCUGGGGAGGAGGGAAGGCUCUCCUGAAGGACACUCAAAAGAACAUGCACUGUCUCCCUUUCAGGUGAACUACUGGGCCUGUGCCAUCCCUAAAGCUUUGGCUCCAUCUCCAGACAGGCACUCUGCAGGCUGGGACCCAGACAAGGAGUAUCAGGCCCUGCUGGACUACACUUACCCUUUGAGACCAGGACAGGAGGUCUGUGAAGGGGACAGCUCCAAGAACCAGGGAGCUCCCUCACUCCUCCAAACAGAGUCCAACCUGCAGGACUCAGGGAUUGAACUGGACCACCUCUGUAGUUCCACUAGCCUGUCAAUGCUGGACUUUUCUCUUAGUCGGAGUCAUAUGUUACCUGACCUGCAGGGGCUCACCAAAUCCUCACAUGAGCCACCCUCCAGGACUUUCCUCUCCUCUACAGACCUGGCAGGUUUGUCCCUGGACAGUUUGAGCCACAGUAAGAUCAGAGGUGGAUUGAAUCAUCAUCAUCAAGUACCAUCUUCCCCCACCUCCAGUGCUUUUUCACGCUUCACCAGUGCUUUUCCACAUCCUAGGAGUGGAUGUGUGGAGGUGGACGAGGAGUUCUUGGCUCUUCCAGAGCAGCUGGAGGAGCUGCAAAUGCUCUCCAGACAGGUGAGGGAGGUGACGGACAAGCUGAGGCAACCUGUCACAUCCAGCUGGGAGUCUCUGGAGCUAGGCACCACCUCCAUCCUCUCCUCCACCACCCUGCCAGACAAACAGGAGGCCCAAGACAACAAUGAGAAGGAGGUCAGUCAGGAUGAAGGAAAAGAUGAGACGGGCAGAGAGGAGAGGAGUGCUGCUCACACAGCAGCUGAUCCCAGGGACUUUGAGGCUGUAAGCAGGAGUUGGGGAGCCUGGCCAGAGCCUGGAGGAGUGGGACUGAGGCCAUCCAGUCUCAGGGAGGUGGAGGCGUUGGCGCAGCAGCUGUGUGGCCUUACCCUGCCUGGCAGCCGGAGGAGCAGCUGGGAGGCCCAGGAGCAAAGUGACUCCCUGAUCAAACACAUCCAGGUGUUUUGCUCACACCUGGAGCAGCUCAUCCAGCAGCUCUAUACAUUGUCGGAGAAGGUGGAGCUGCUGGCCGCCCCCACUGUGAACAUAGACAGUGUGAAGUCAUCUCUGGCUGACUAUCAGAGUUUUCAGAGAGAAGUGCGCAGCCAUCAGCCUCUGACCUCCUGUGUUCUGCACACUGGACAGCUUCUCCUCAGCUGCAUCAACACCAUGUCUCCAUUUUUAAGAGACACCCUGCUGCUGAUUGAGAGGCAGUGUGGCGCUCUAGAAAGCCACACUGAAAACUUGUUCUCCUGCAUCCUGUCUGCCAUGGACAGCCUCACCCAGCCGGGCCAGUCUAUUCCAGUCCAGCAAAGCAAAGAGGACCCGGGCCCUGUAAGGGUCCAGGGGUCCACAUUGUGAACAGACUGCAGGUCACAUCCGUGAUAAGAUUUAUUUAAUUCAAUUAUUUUUGUUGUCGUCCACCUUUCUUCUAAUGUCAUGUGUAUCAGACCCAUAUGUGUGGCAUUGCAGGAUGUUUGAUUCCUGCUCUCCAUUACAAUGACAAAUAAUGAAGAAAACAGUUUUGUGUCUAAACUGAACUGAUCACAUUGAAUAACAAUGCAUUAUAUACAUGUUCUAUCGUGUCUUUUUCUUAUCAUAAACACUAUUGUAUUGAUCUGGUCAACCUCUCUGUCACUUGGAAUGUGCGUUCAAAGUCUAAAUGUUUUUUCACAUGGAAUAGAUGAAGUGAAUGUUUAAAUGUAACUUGUCUGUUGGGCUCUCAGUCCUUUACUGAUGUGGAAGAGGAAGUUAGCAGCUGGAACAGGAGUUGUGUGUGAACAGGAAAGAUUAAUUGCGUCAAUAUUUGAAGACAAUAUAACAACACAGAAUUAAUUAAAUGUUUAUUGAUGCAACCCUUAGGCGACUAAACAGUUUUUCAGAAACCACUAAUGAUUGUGGCGGCACAUUCCUGUGAUGUCAGACAGUUCAGUCAGUGUUUGAGGACAUGAACAGCUGUGUGUCUGGCCUGCAUACACCUCAGUCAGUCAGACCUUAAACAGUUUGUAGGUUAUGCUUAUACACCAUGUACUGUACUGUGGGAUAUGGCUGUUUGCACUAUGAUCUGAAUUUGUAGAAUCUGAUUUUCUCACACGGAUCAAUAACUUUUGAUGUUUCUUAUCAAGUCUUUACAACCCAAAACGUUUCACUGUUACAUUCAGUCAAAGUCACAGAAUAAAGCACAUUGUUUCAAA